AUAAAUACCCUAGGAGCAUGUAGAGAAAAAAAGACCCAACCGAAAAUGUCGGACCAAGCCGCCGCCUCCGCGAUCUUCUCGUGGUGCUUGCUGACGCUCUACAUGCUCAGCCCGGCCACCGUGUUCCUGCUCCGCUUCCUCUCCGUACCCUACGGCAGGCUCUCCCGCCCGGGGUGGGGCCCAGCCGUGCCGGCGCCGGCCGCCUGGUGCCUCAUGGAGAGCCCCACCCUCUGGCUCCCGCUCCUCGUCUCCCCGCUGCCCCUCCUGCUCGCCUCCGCCACCACCUCCCCGCUCGCCGCGCUCGCGGCCACGCUCUUCACGCUCCACUACCUCCACCGCACCUUCGUCUACCCGCUCCGCCUCCUCCAGCUGCGCCGCGCCCCGGCGCCCUUCCCCCUGCUCGUCGCCGCCUUCGGCUUCAGCUUCAACAGUCUCAACGCCUACGUCCAGGCCCGCUCCUGGGCGCUCCACGCCGCCUCAGGCCCCGCCUCCGCCUUGGCGCUCGCCCGCUGCCUCGUCGGGGUCGCCCUGUUCGCGUGGGGGAUGCGGGUGAACAUCGCGGCCGACAACGCGCUCCUGCGGCUCAAGGAGGCCGGCGGCGGGUACAAGAUCCCCAGGGGCGGAUGGUUCGAUGCGGUCACCUGCCCCAACUACUUGGGCGAGAUCGUCGAGUGGCUCGGCUACUCCCUCGUGGCGUGGUCGCCGGCGGCGUGGGGCUUCUUCCUCUACACCUGCGCCAACCUCGUGCCCAGGGCCAGGGACCACCGCCACUGGUACCUCAACAAGUUCGGCGCCGAGUACCCGGCCAAGCGAAAGGCGGUCAUCCCAUACAUCUACUAGCCAUACCAUCGAUCUCUUGUAACAAUCUACUACUCCGUAGGAUCCUUUUCUUCCUCAUGACUAGUGCCUGCUGCUUGGUAUCAUGCAUUUCCUUUCGAGAAUUUGAAUAUGAUGAUUUGGAACACAA